AUGGCCUUAGAAUACGAAGAGGACCCCGAAUGGACAGUACCUGCGCCGUUUCAGAGAGCAGGCUCUCGAGGAGAAGAGCAAAUAUAUGAUAUGAUCAUAACCGCUGUUGGUAUUAGAACUAGUUUUUUCUAUAAAGCAAAUCCGAAGAAGAAGUGGUACUGUAGGGAUACUGUUGAUCAAUCCAUACCCUAUGACUCAAGGAAGGACUGUCGGGUCCCGGAUGCAGAAGAAGGAUACAUUGUGGUUGAGACUACCGGCACAAAAUGGCCGCCCGAGGAAAUGAGGUUCGGAUUUUUUGGUCAUAAUCAUGGUCCAAUAGUGAUUUGA